CGUCUCUCCUCCGCUCUCCCCAUCACACCGCACCGCACCACACCACACCACCGCAAGCACGCCCGUCCAGCUCCAUGUUCUCAUCCGUCUUCUGGCCUGCCCUGGCCCUGCUGGCUCUCUUGGCAUCAGCCGCGGCUUUUGAAAGCACCGUGCCCGUUAUAGCUUGGUCGUCCAAAAGCGCACGCCCCCUGGUCAAGAGAACGGUCAUUUCCGAUUCUGAAUUCAACUCUGAUGUACUCUCCCGGAUCGACUGUCGCUCCGUCAACAUUCUGUUCCAGCAGCCCGAGAUCCACGCCUCGGACUUUGCUCAGUACCAGAGCUCCAUGUCCCAGAUGAAGCAAGCCGUUCUGUCGGCAGAGUCAUCGUUCUCGAUUCCCUAUGUUGUCGCUGAUGACGAGAGAGAGUUCGCAAGGGAGAUCGUGACCCAUUUCAAGACCGUUUGUGGAUCUGAUGCGACUGUCAUCCGUGCUUCAAGCGCCGAUGACAUUCCUUCUCUCGAUGGCAGCAAGAUCUACAUUAUCUUGGUGUCGCUGGCUCCCAUCAAGGGCCGUGACGGCCGCGUUCAGCGCCCUGUGGUCGAAGCCAACGACGCUCUGAUCUCGGCCAUCAUCGAUCGAGUCUCUGCGUCCACAAGCGACUACUUUGCGCUCUACUCUGCUGGCGGGGACAUGCAGCGCUUGGGUGCCCGCACUUCCACGGCCACGACACAGACCGUGCCUUUCAAGAAGCGAUCGCUCUUGAAUCAGUACAUCUUCAUCAACACAGGCAUCAUGAGUGCCUCGCUGCCGAUCAUUCUCGGCAUCGUCGUUGCUUUCGUUGGCAUCAACAUUUUGCUGGGUGUCCAGGCUCAAAGCCGCUUCGACAAGGCUAAGAACGAAUAGCCUGCCAACUGGACAAGUCAGCCGUAUGUGGUGGUGGAUCAAGACAUGGCCGCUUUGCCGUCGCCGAAUCGGAGGGGCACUUCUCGGCCCGGGCAUAGGUUUUUUCACGUAGUCGCGGCGGGAAUGGAUCGACUGUGUACGUUGUGAUUCAAUGAGCAAGCGGAUAUCGCAGCGACCGUUUCUUUCUCUCUCUCUCGCUGACUGUUUCACCCAACAGACGAGCGCCUCGAUUCGUUUGCAAUGAUGGUGUGUUCUCCGCCCCAUCUCU